AUGCCUCGACGAAGCACUCGCAACCAAUCUGGAGACGAUUCCGAUCCCAGUAUCAUUGCCAUGAAAGCACCACAGCGCAUCUACCAGCUAAAACAGGAGCGAGACGAACGGGCCAGAGCAAUUAUGGCCGAAGCAGAGAAGGCACUGGCAUCUGUGAAAAAGCGAGCAGUGACAUAUCAGGAGGAAAAACGCCGAAAAAGCGCAACCAAACUCGCGCAGCAACUCAAAAAGGUCAUUGAGCUUGUCGAGAAGAGAAAACAAAUUGAGAACAAGAUGCUGCAAGUUGUGGCAGGUGUACAUGCUUCAAUGCAAGAGGUUGAAGAGAUGAUGCUGGCAGGAUACAAGGGUCGACACAAGGAGGCCAAACAAACAUUGAAUGCUCUCGGUGCCAAGGUUCACCAGCGCAAGGAAUGA